UGGCCUUCUUUCAGUUUGCCUCUGUUACUUGAUACAGAGUAACGUAAGCUACGUUCAUGAAUGCACAUCAGCGUUCAUAAUUAAUAAUUGUGUUCAAAACGUAAAGAUUUAUUGUGGUUGAACAUUUUAAGACACACUAAGACGGAUUUUAAAAUAUUGUUCUAGCUGAAUCAAGAUGUUAAAGAUAGCCUUACUAUUCCUCGCGGCGCUAUCGGCCGUACACAGCCAAUGUUUCUCCAAAGACGACGCUUCCAAAAAAAUGAAUCCCGAAGACCGAACUAACUUAUACAAGGGCCAAUUACACUUUACUUUAGACCUCUUCAAUGCUAUCAAUAAGAAAAUUGUUGAUGACAACAUUUUCUUCUCGCCGUUCUCGGUGUACCACGCCCUUUUAUUGGGCUAUUUCGCAGCGGGCGGACAAACGGAAGCAGCUUUGAAACAAUCGCUGAAGAUAUCCGACACACUGGACAAGGUGAACCUGGUGAUGGCGUACAAAGUGGACAAGAGGUCGCGAUCAUCCAAUAACAACAGUGACAGUUACGAGUUCACGAACGCAAACAGGAUGUUCGUUGACGAAGGCUUGCAAGUCAGACAAUGUGUGCGUGGCCUCCUUUCUGAAGAGCUCGAGACUUUGAACUUCCACGACAACCCAGACGCGUCACGGGAUGCCAUCAACAAUUGGGUGGAGCAAGUUACAAAGCACCAUAUUAAGGAUCUUAUCCCACAAGACGGAGUUUCAGAAAAUACAAAGUUAGUGUUGGCAAAUGCUGCUUACUUCAAAGGCGUAUGGGCUUCGAAGUUCCCAGCAGAGAGGACUAAGAAACAAGUCUUCUACGUGUCUGAGACCCGUCAGACUCUUGUACCAUUUAUGAAACAAAAAGGAAUAUUCCAUUACACGGUGAAUGAAGACCUUGGGGCUCAAAUUUUGGAGCUGCCCUACAAAGGCAAUGACAUCAGCAUGUACAUUCUUCUGCCACCGUAUUCUAUGAAAGAAGGUGUGUCUAACAUAAUUAGGAACUUAACGCCGGAACGUUUAGCCGCCGUUGUAGAAGAAGGAUACAUGGGGCGAGAUGUUGUCGUAGAAAUACCAAAAUUCACAAUUGAGAGAACCCUUUCGAUGCGACCAAUACUUGAGGCUUUAGGUGUCGGUGACUUGUUCAACUCCAGCGCUGAUUUCUCUACUUUGUCAGACAAGCAGAGCGUGUUCUUUGACGACGCGAUUCACAAGGCAAAAAUACAAAUAGAUGAAGAAGGUACUGUGGCGGCCGCAGCCACUGCAAUAUUCGGGUUCCGUUCAUCAAGGCCCGCGGAACCCAGCACGUUUAUCGCCAAUUUCCCCUUCGUCUAUGUAAUCUAUGAGAAGCCAAGCAACUCAAUCCUUUUCAUGGGAGUCUACAGAGAUCCCAAGAAGUAAAAGAGAUGAUCUUACUCAUAAGUCUCGUGAUAAAUUUAUUGUAAUUUUAAGUUAUCUUAAAUAACUUUUAUUGAAUUUCUUAUGGUGCGUACAGAUUGGUGAAACGUAACAUGUAAUGUAUCAUGCAAUGAAAGAAUUCGCCGUACACAUUGCUUCAAUGUAUUAUAAAGGUAGCAACACAGUUUGUAACAAUUUCUCAUAGUUUUGACAUCUUGUGGGCGCAAAACGAGCAUUACAAGCCGGGCGCGGAGAGACCCGUGAUUUGUUGUUUUUUCGAACGAAUACAAAGGGGUUAGUUCGUGGCUGAAUGACGGAAACAGACGUACGCGGGAGGUUUGUAGUGAAUGCACGGUAGGAGCGCGCUAUCCAUCGACGCUUGCAGCGAACAUGCAAAGAAAGGGAGAAUGAUACAUUGCACGUUACGUUUCACCAGUCUGUACGCACCUUUAUUGGAUAUAAUGAUACUAACGUAGGGUAAUUAAUAUACUGUCACGCUGUCUUUUAUAUUUUGAAAGUGGUGGUAAAAGAAAAAAUUUCAAAAAUGAAAACACAAACAUAUUUAUAUUCUCUAAAAUAAGUAGUUAUUUAUUUUUUAUACUUAUUCUGAUCUAUGUUGAACAUUACAAUUAAUUAAAAUUAGGUACCCACUUAAAAACUAAAUUAUGCGAUGUAAUUUUUUUGAAAUAAAAUGAAAUUACUCGAA